AUGGGUUGUGAGAGAGGAAGAAACUAUAAAAGGAAGAAUGAGUCUGAAGGCAGUUAUAGUAUGAAAGGUAAAUAUCCAUUUAUGCUGAGAUAUGUGCCAAGUGGAAGCGGUUGGAAGGUUACAGUUAAGUGUGAGUUUCACAAUCAUGUACUAGCCAGUGACUUAGAUGGACAUGAUAUAUUAGUUCGUUUAAAAGAUAAUGAAAGAAAAUUUGUGAUUGAAAUGACCAAAUACAAUAUGGCUCCUAGAUACAUAAUUGUUGCUUUAAAAGAUAUAGAUCUAGAAAACAUGAAGAGUGUUACACAGGUGGAUAAGUCAAGAUAUACAUACAAGAUGAGCAAGAGAGGUUUGUUGACUGAAAUGCAACAUCACCCAAGUUUUAUUCACGAAGAGAAAUACAUUGAAGUUGUUCAACAUGUUUCAUUUGGUGUUGAUUUUUUAUUGUACAUACAAAACAAACAGGUACGGCUAUCACUACUUGAAAUUGUUGGUGUUACAUCCAUGAGGUUAACAUUUUCGGCUGGAUUUGCCUAUAUGAAAUAUGAAAGGGAGGAAAAUAUCAUAUGGGCACUAGAGAAGCUAAAAGAGUUGUUCUCUUUCGAGAAGUUUCUACUAAAGGUUUUGGUUUUAGAUCGUGAACUGACGUUGAUGAAUGUUGUGAAAGUUGUGUUUCUAAACUUAACUCAUCUGUUCUGA